CCGGAAAUCCCGGUUCGUCACGAUUUCGGAGGGUUGGCCAUGGAAAGUCCCGAAAUACAUCGAGAUUGGACAGUCUAUAGAAGAUUUCUGAAUAUAGAACGUACCUAUUUCCGUUUCUGUAGGAACUAGGGGUCCUCUAGAUGACGAAAUUUCGCUUUUACGAGGUCGCUACUUGGCGUUUCUUCGGGGUUUAGAUUGCGUGGCGUUUUGUUCCGUCUUUCACAAAAAGUUGAAAAACCACUUGCAUUUAAAAUAGCCAUCUUUUUUACCAAUCGUCAUUUCCUCGCUACUUUAUUCCAACAACGCCACAUUCUUGGUUUCAGAAAAGUCAGGACAAAUCUAUUUGUAUCUGACUUCAAGACAGGCAAAGACCUCACAAGUUCUUGUUAAAGUUGUUCAUCUAUCUCAAGUUAAAAGCCAAAGGGAUAGGGACAACAUGGCAGAAUCACAAACAACCGUCGCUCCAGAGAAAGUCAAGGAGUUGAUAAUAUUUGCCAAGCACCUUCAGAAUGAGAAUAAUCAGCUGAAGGAACAGCAAAAGGAGAAGUCUCAGUUGGACAAGUCUCAGUUGGAACAGUUUGUCCUUCUGUUACAUGAACAACAACAGGAGACCAAGAGAUACAAAACCAGAGCUAACCAGUAUGAGUUGUUACUGAAGAGGGCACAGGACAGAUUCGGUAAGAUGUCUGGGAAGAAGCUGGAGAGUCUUAUUACACCAGGACCAGGCGUGUCUAAAGAAGUGUUUGAUGAUCUGGUCAGGGAAAACUCUCACUUGAAAAGACACUUGGACCAAGUCUUGAAGGACAGAGGACAGGAUAUGAGAAACUUCAUGUCUGCCCAAAACAGUGAUGACUUACUAAAGUCAGUGAGAGAACAGUUAGCACAGAAAGAUGAGGAGAUAAAGAUGAUGAAGGAGGCCAUCAGGGAUGCCAGCAGCAGUGAUGGGAAGGUGCAAGCUGAACAACUGUUAGAAAAGGUUAAUGCCCUUCAGAAGUCAGACCAGAUCAAGUCCACCUGGCUGGAGUUAUUCAGGUUGGAGAAUGAGAGACUACAGAACAAUGUUCUGAGCAUGAGCGAUGAGCUGAAGCAGGAGAAACAUUCCUUACAGCAGGAGAAGGCUGACCAUGUGGAUGGGAGGUUACAAGGGGGAAGUAGGGAUAUUCACCAGCAAGUCAAGGAACUAGAAAGAACCCUACAACUUCAGAAGCAGGAGUAUGAGGCACAGAUCUUCCAACUUUCUCAAAAAUUGAGACGAUCAGCAGGGAGCUCAACACAGGGUCAGUUUGGCAGUUCACAAGGAGACAUACAGGCCCUUCAGAGGAAGGUGGAUGAGCUGAAGAGUGAGCUUCAGCGUGCUGUAGAUGAGAACGCAGCCAUCAGUGCCCAGUCUGCCUUCUAUAAGGAGGACUUUGAGGCAGAGCAGCAGGAGAGAAACAACCAGAAAACUGACUACGAAGCAAAACUCAAGCAGAUGCAGGAGUUCAUCAACAAACUCAGUACUGAGUGUGAAAGCCUAAACAGCAUGCUGUCACGGGAGAGAUAUGAGAAGACUCAAUACAAGCAGCAGAUUGAGGCUUUCCAGAUGAGCCCUGCAGCUGCAGCCUUGUAUGGGAUCCCUGGGAUGGGAUGUAACAGACAGGUCAACGUUGCCAUCCCCAAUCCUAUGGGACUUCAGCCUGGCCUGAUGGCUCGUGGCAGCCCCACGACCCCCAACCCUUACACUAACCAGGCUGGUCCAUGGCUGAACCAGGCCCACCUCCCACAGAUGGUAGCAGUGGACAGUGCAGACGGAGGGAGGCAGGAUUCUGCAGAGAGCGGUUCUGGCGGGGAGGACAGGAGGGUGUGCCCUCGCUGUGAGAGGGAGUUUUUCGACCAGGUUAAGUUUGAAGAGCAUGUGCAGAAGUGCAUCGAUGGUUAAACACCUUUUUUUUUGGUGUUGAGAAUCUUUGUGGGGAGGACAGGAGGGUGUGCCCUCGCUGUGAGAGGGAGUUUUUCGACCAGGUCAAGUUUGAAGAGCAUGUGCAGAAGUGCAUCGAUGGUUAAACACCUUUUUUUAGGUGUUGAGAAUCUAUGUGCCUUUCCUGGAAGCUUUUUCAUGUGAAAUUGGAAUGACACAAUACAAUAGGAAACCAGUCUGUUUCAGUUCUUUUGUUUGUACAACCUACAUGUACCUUGGCCAUUGUAACAUUGUUGUUAAUCAUGGACCAUUAGUCCCUAAGUGAAUGUGACGUGAACAGAGGGUAAGUCUCAAACCGUGUGUUGUGCAUGUACAAUCAGUUGUCUGUUUGCAGAGAAUGAAUAAGUCAUGUUAAGUUUGGUCAGAUUUAAUAUAUUUUUCAAUCUGAUGUUAAAUUACCAGUGGUCCCAGAAACUUGACUGCGACCUUUCCCAACAGGUGGACAGUACAUACAAUGUAGCUUUAAGGAAGCAUUAAUUUUGCAAUGCACACAGAUCUUCCACAUUUUCAAUUAUUUUGCCGUGUUGUAAUUUUCAUAUGAAAUAGUGGAUUCUAAAGGGAGGUUGGUAGAAAUGUAAAUUAUGUAUUAUUAUAUCUCCUAGCUUUUACCUGUUGGCUUUCAUGACCCUGAUGAAGAUAUGAAGAUGAAUCAGAAUGGAUAUUAUGUAGUACAUGUACAGUAGGCUUUACUUGCUAAUGUACUUUUUAUGUGUAUAUGGAGAGACUCUGUUUGCUUAAUUAUGGAUAUGGGUAGAAGUCUGCCUCAAGUUAUCCAUAGAAAUGCAGUUGCUACUUGAAUUGGAAUGGCAAAAUUAAGAAACAAAGAUAAUAGAAUAAGUCAAUGUCAAGUUCAUUUUGUGAUGAAGAAAUAUUUUAAUAGUUUGAGAAGACAAUUGUCUAAGAUAUGGUCAUUUUCUUUUCCUCAUAGAUCAUUUACUAUUUUCAUGGUGAUUUACUUUGUUCUUGUUGGUUUAUGGUGCGGUAUCAACAUUGACAAACAUUGUAUAAUCUCUGUACAAUAUCAUCUUGAUAUAUGGUUAUAUUCUUAUAAUGGUUUUAAGUUGAUUGCACAUGUAGUGGUGAUGACAUACAUUGAGAAAUAAUAGUCCAUUGGAAUCUUGGGCCAUAUAAUGUACUUACACUUAUUUUACCCAAUAUACUUUGCAAUAAACUUUCUAGCUACA